CAGGCGGGUUCGCCCUUGGAUUUGGAACUUCAAGAAGCGAAGCUCUCGCGGCAGCGCUUCUUCGAGACCUUCUUUCGGUACCACUACUACUUCGACACCAUCCCAGACAGCUACUUGGCGCCCUUUAGCGAUCGCUGGUCCCAGCAGAUCGUGCGGCGCCUGGCGCUGACGCUGUCGGAGGAGGAGGACAUGCUCAUGGAAGACAUGUGGCAGGAGGUGUUGCAGGACUAUCGCCAAGCCAUACGAAAGGUGAUCAUUGAGCACGUCCUGAAGGAUGAGAAAGCCAAGGAGCGCACGGGGAUCCUCUUCGUCCCCAGCCCCGUGGCGCUUUGGGGCAGCGAAGCCUUCCUGGGUAUCGAAGGAACCGCUGGUGGAUUGCCCGAGGGAUGGGAAAGCAUCGAGAAGAGGCGCGUGUCCUUGGCGGAUCAACUGAUUCCUUGUAGUCCGGCGUCCCUGUCCUUGUUGGAAGCGUGGCACCAGAACUACGACACCCUGCUGCUGGUGAACCUCCCCGAGAUCAGCGGUGAUCUGAUGGACCUGCAAACCUUUUGCGCGGCACAGACCCAGAAGAUGAAGAGUGUGAGAGCCAGCUUGGAACAGUGGCUGGGAGAUGUGGUGGAGAUUCUGAAGCAGACUCCUCAACAACUCUGGCCAAUCACCUUGCUGUGCACACAAGUGCGCGGCAUCGUUGACCGCAGCAUCGACGCCUUUUUGGACUUCUUCGGCCCCUCCCGGCAAGUGGAGGCUUUCUUGCGGGUGAACUUGCAGGCCAAGGGCGACCAGAUUGUGUUGACCACCUCCCUGGAAGAGAUUGAGGUGAGUUUGCUGCAAGUUUUCAAGGACUUUGUGGUGAGUUUGAGUGACUUGAGCUUCACAGUGAACGACCACACCGUGACCUUGUGGAGCGUGACCUUGGAGGAAGCUCACGUCCAGGAUGCUUUGCAACAAAUCGCUGAGAGCAUCUUACAGAAUUUGGCGCAAGUGGAGGAAGCAUUGGCUCCUUUUGAUCAGUUCAAACACCUUCUCGUUGAGGAUGUCCGGAUCAAGAAACUCUCAGAGGACACCUUGACGCAGGACCAUGUGAUGCAGGAGCUGAAGACCUUGCGCUCGGUGCAGCAAAGCAUCCGCAGCACUUGUGCCGAAGAGAUUCGCUUAAGUAUGGUGUCCAUCCAAUGCUCCCAGAUCAACGAGACCUUGCAGAAGAAGGCUGAAGAGGCCAUCUACAUUCUGCAGGAGUCCAUUCUCCGGCAUUUGCUGCUGCGCAACGAGGAGCUUUGCAAGCGCUUCGAGAUGGUGGUGAACCAAGUGGUGAAGAAACCAACCAGUGAGAUGGAGCUGGUGGACUUGGAGAUGUACAUCGAGGAGUUCCGCACCACCGGGCUGGGAGAAUUGCUGAAGGAGUACGACAGCAUCCGGGAAUGGCUCUUGUUUCUUUUUGCCUGUGAAAAUCAGCUCAUGCUGGCCUUGCUGAAGGAGAAGCAUUUCCAGGCGAUGUACGACUCUGCAAUGUGGGUGGGCUCCAUCCAAUACCGAGUCUUCUUUGGCACCAACCUCAAGCGCGAGCGCGAAGCACUGGAAAGCAAGUUCAAGGAGCAACGUAACAAGUUCCUGGAAGACCUGGAGGGCUACAACGAACAAGUGGAACAGCUGGCGGAGUGUGGGAACCUUCGGCAGGUCGAUGAGUAUUUGGAGCGGAUGGAGAACUUGAAGAACAAUUUUGCUCGCGCGCACAUCGAAGCUGAGAAGCUCAACGCCAAGGAGAAACGCUUCGGUUGGGAGGUGCGGUCGCCGUUUGAGCAGUUGAAGCGUGGAGAGUUGGCCUUGGAACCCCACUUCGCCUUGUGGACUUUGGCAGCCAACAUGGAAGCGAGCAUGCGUUCCUGGUUGAAAGGGCCCAUGUUCCAUUUGGAUCCCUCGAAGGUGGAUUUCGACGUACGUCAGAUGCGGAAGGAGGCGAUACGAUUGAAGGAGCUCUUUGUGGCCGGUGGUGGUGUGGUCUACCCGGACUCUGAGGCAGUGAAGAGCAUUGAGAUCAUGGAGGUGGAUUUUCAAGGCCCUACUGAGCGAGAAAGGCCUCUUCCAGUCCCUGCGCAAGUUGCCGACCAAUUGGCCGUGCAAGCGGCCACCAUGCAGGAGACCCAUUUGAAGCUCCUAUACUCGCUUUGCAACAAGGCGAUGCAGACGCGGCACUGGGAGGAGAUCACGAGGAUCGUCGGCUUUCCCUUGGAACCGGAUGCCGCCUUCACCCUGCAGAAGGCGCUGGAGAUGGAUGUGCCAAACUUUGCAGAUGAGAUCCAGGAGAUCAGUGAAGCAUCGACCAAGGAGUAUGCCAUCGAAGUGGCCGCGGACGAGAUGGAACACGAGUGGAAGACCUUGUCCUUUGCGCUGAACCCCUGGAAGCAGACGGGAGCCUUCGUGAUCAGCGAAGAGAGCAUGAGCCAGCUGACGCAGCUGGUGGAGCAUCAGCAGAGUCACACGGAGGAGCUCAUGGCCUCGGAAGACGCAGAGCCCUGGGAGGAACGCCUGGAAGAGUGGCAGGAGUGGCUCCAGUCAAUGUCGGAGAUGCUGGCACGCUGGGAGGAAGUGCAGGCGCUUUGGAUCAACCUGGAGCCGCUCUUCAGCGGCCGGGAUGUCUACAAGCAACUGCCAGGCGAGAUCCAAACCUUCAGGAAGGUGGACAAGACUUGGCGUCACUUGACCACGUCGCUGGUGCAGCACCCGGUGGUGAAGGAGAUGCUGAAGAUGAAAGACUUGGAGGGGCAGUUGAGUGAGGCUGCUCAGAGCCUGCAGAGCAUCCAGGAACGGAUCAGCAGCGACUCCUGAGCGCGUCCGUCACCAGACCCGUCGGGACCCGUCGGGACCCUUCGCACCGCCCAGGAGACCAAGGGUUGGCCCAAAGGUGGCCCCAUGGGUUGCGAGGAUCGGAGGGGAUGGGUUGGGGGUUUGGAGUCUAUGUGUUUGGUUCGGGAGUC